CCCAGCCGUGCAUCAAAAAUCACCUCAGAGACACUCGUAGCGUUUUAACGGCAGACUUCUGACCCCGCUGAAUGAGCCUGAGAAGAUCCAUCACUGCCCCCCCCCCCGCCGCCGCCUCAGGACCGCCUUCCUCACUCUGUGUUUCCCCUACAAGUUGUGCAGCUCAGUCAAAGGGACAUUUUUUUUGCGGGCUGAGAAGAUCAAGGACAGUUUGACAUGAGGGGGGACGCUCCACAAAGAGGCAUGAAGACCCCGUGUCUGUGGGCUCUGCUGCUGUCAGUCGUCUCUCUGGUGACCAGUGCUGAUUCACCAAGUACAGGAAAUUCAGCCUUGAGAGAAAGCUCAAAAUCCAAAGUGAAGACUUACUGGUCUGAAGGCAGCAAGGCAGUCUCCAUCAGCCGCCUGCUGUCCCAGAGCUUCUAUGGCAAAGAGAACUUCACCUCUCUGGAUCUGAACUAUGACGAGGCCGACUCGUUCUCUAAACGGGACCAGUGGAGCUGGCUUUACAACACGUCCAACCCCCGCGACCCUCGAUCCAGGACGAAGCGGAGGCCCAUCGUCAAGACCGGCAAGUUCAAGAAGAUGUUCGGUUGGGGAGACUUCCACUCCAACAUCAAGACGGUGAAGCUCAACCUUCUCAUCACUGGUAAAAUCGUGGAUCACGGUAACGGGACAUUCAGCGUCUACUUCCGCCACAACUCCACCGGUCAGGGCAAUGUUUCCGUUGGACUCGUUCCUCCAACCAAAGCGGUGGAGUUCCAGGUCCACCAGCCGUUCCACCACAAUCACCACCAUCAGCAGCAGCAGCAGCAGCAGCAGCAGACGGCUCUGGAGACCAAGGACAACAAGCUGUUCAACUGCAGGGUGGAGUAUGAGAAGGUGGAGAAGGGCACCAGGAACUCGCUGUGUGCCCACGACCCCUCGCAGAGCUGCCCUCAGGAGCAGACCCAGAGCCACUUGUCCUGGCUGUGCUCCAAGCCCUUCAAAGUCAUCUGCAUCUUCAUCACCUUCUACAGCACCGACUACAAGCUGGUGCAGAAGGUGUGUCCAGACUACAACUACCACAGUGACACCCCCUACCUCCCCACCGGGUGAUCACAAGACCAGACAAGGACAAAAAAAAGAAGAAAAAAAGAUGCUGGGACAGACUGUCGGAUCUUGAGCUAUGUCAGAUUAUUUGAAUGAAAAUGAAGUCAAGACACUUGAAACUUGGCAGGUAUUAUUACAGCUAACAUAUCCUUGAUGCAAGACUGAUAUUGCUCCAACGAACAGACCCACCCAGAGGUCAUUAGGAGAGCAUUUAGGGAGGCAUUUAUAGGCUUGCAAUACUCUUAUUAUAUGCAUAGCUGCUUACAUUGAAAGGAAAUUCUCAAGCCAACCGCAAAAAUAUGCUGAUUGUAUUUAUGUAAAUAUUGUGGGUUCCACAAAAAGCCCAGAAAACAAUUUUAUUAAUGUUUUCUCCUGCUAAUUUGGUUGUUUAUGUUGAUAGUGCAUUUCCGUCUCAAUCACGCUUUCUGUCUUUUCCAAUCAGUCUCUGGUAAUCAUUGCAAACACGUAAAUGUCAAUGCAAAUAAGAAGAAUCUGUCAGUAUGCAUUAGAGUGCAUAAUGGAAAAAGCAAACAUAUUUUGAGUGGUGUUGUUUUCUGCAGUGUGAUUGUUAGAGUGAGUAUACCUCUCCGAUAGUGUUGUUGGAAUCUCGUCCAUUUUCAUGCAUGAACCAAAUGUGGUAAACAGCUGAAUAACGUCCACCUAUAUUUCCAUGUUAUUGCAGCUGUCAGAAAUAAUCCUCAUCAUGUCACCGGAGAAAAAAAAGGUAUAAAAGUCUUUCUAUUUUG